AUGGGCGACUGGGAAGAGCUCAUAGCACAGGAGCAGCAGGAGCUCCUGCGGCUGAGCGUGCAGCAACACGAGGCCCUGCGACAGGCCUGCGUUGGCGCCUUCAGCCGGCUCCGCAGCGGGCGGAAGGCCUGCGAGCGGAAGGCAGCGCUGGAGACAGACGUCAAGCGCGGUCCGCAGGUGGAGGUAGUUCAACAUGAGGCGAGGAUCGGAGCGGAGGGACAUAGCCUGGCGGAGAACUGCGCCACUGUGCAGCCCACGGUAGACGGGGACCCCAUGCUGCCUAAGUUCAGCCUGCCGCAGCUCAGCGACAAAGGCUCCCCAGUGACCAUCGCAAAAUCACGGAGCGCCGAGACACUGCAGAUGCUGGAGGCCCUGCCGAUGCCCCGGCCCAGCGAGAUGCGCCAGGUGGGAGCCCGGGAGCUGCGAGUGGACCUGCAGCUCACGGAGACCUCCGAGGGAACCUUCCGCCACGUGGCAAAGCGCUUGAAGCCCCACAUGGACUACAUCGCUGGCGUACUGGUGCUGAUGAACUCAGUGAUCAUGGCCGUGGAGUUGGAGCUGGAGGGCCGUGCCAACGGCCACGCGCUGGACCUGUCGCCGAGCACGAACUGGGAGGCCAUGAAGCCCGCCUUCCGCGUGCUGGACGUGAUGUUCGUCUACAUCUUUCUGGCGGAGUUGCUGGUGCGUGUGGUGGCGGAUUGCCAAAGGUUCCACAGGUCUGCAUAUAAUUGGUUCGACCUCAUGCUGGUCCUGGUCGGCUUCUUUGACGUGUAUGUGAUUAUGCCGAUGUCGGACAGCAACUCCGCGGCCCGGAACAUCACGCUGCUGCGCCUCUUCCGCACCUUGAAGUCCCUGCGAUCCCUGCGGAUGGUGAGGACCCUGAGGCUCUUCCGGGGGCUCCGGGUCCUGGUGAACGCCUGCCAGACGUUUCUGCCGUCCCUGGCCUGGUCCAUGCUGCUGCUCUUCGUGCUCAUGUCCAUGAGUGCCCUCAUCCUGGGCAACCUCCUCCAAGAGUUCGUCACGGAGGAUUCGGGGCCACUGGAGGACCGACAAUGGGUAUGGACUCACUAUGGUACUGCGCUUCGUUCACUGUGGACGAUUUACGAGAUCACUUUCGCAGGGAAUUGGCCAACCAGGGCCAGCCCGGUGAUCGACAAGGUGAACCCUUGGUAUGUGAUGUUCUACGCCACCUACGUGACCCUCAUUGUAUUUGCCAUCAUCCGCGUAAUCACUGCGAUCUUUUUGAAGGACACGCUGGAUGCGGCGGUGAACGACGCCGAACACAUCAUGGCGGAGAGUGCGAAGAAGAAGGCCCAGUACGUGAAACGUUUGGAGGGCAUCUUCCAAGCCAUCGACGAGUACGGGGACGGGAUGAUCACCCAAGAGAGGCUGCAGGACAUGCUGGCCAACCCGAAGGUGCGAGCCUACUUCCAGAUCCUGGAUGUCGAUGUGCAUGAGAGCGCGGCGCUUUUUCAUCUCCUUGAUGAUGGAGAUGGCAAGGUUACACUUGAGGAGUUUAUAGACGGGAUCACACGAUGCAAGGGCCCGGCGAGGGCCAUAGAUCAGGUGUCUAUGCAGUCCGACCUAAAGAGCCUGGACAGAAAGCUCACAAAGCUGGGGCGAUUGCUUCAGGACGUGUUCGUUGCUUCCAAGGGCAUUUCCCACACCUGGGACCUUGAGGCUGCGAAAGGCAAAGACUUGAAAGUCUUCAGGAUGAACUCUGGGGGUGCGGGCGCGGGUGGCUUUAACCGCAUCGUCAGCCCUUUCUGA